AGUAAAAUAAUAUUAGAAUGAACUUUCUUUAUAACUCUUAUUUCGAGGACGCGAUUCGUUUUUACUUUUGGUGUACAUUCAUGAAAGAUUACGGACGACUACUUUUGUUCGCGUGAUUCCCUAACUUUCUAGUAACUUUUAGAGGACGCCACCUGCGGUUGUACCGCUACAGAGGGUUUAUUCUUUCGCAACAAAGUUAUGUGGAGUUUGUGCUUAGUGAUUUAGUUAUUAUAAAUAAUAAACGUGCUUUAGCGUGUAUAUCAUUAUUUUUGUAGACUGAAUUAAAAUUAAGUAUAGAUAUAGAUAUACAUAUACUUAUAUGUAUAUUUAAUAUUUAGAGAAGAAAAAAGAGAGUGUUCCAUACAAAGAAAUUUUAUAUAAAUAACAAAAUAAUCUAAUAAAUUUAUUAAGGAAACGAGAAGAACUUUUUAAUCUCUAAUAAUAGUACUGCAUUAAUCAAAUUGUUUUUAAUAUUGUCAAGAUAAAAUCAUGUCAGCAAAAAUGGAAUACAAAAUAGAUGAUUUACCGGAUGAAGUACUAGAAUACAUCUUAAGUCUUGUUCCUCCCUACAAAGAUUUACAAGAAUGCAAACUAGUCUGUAAAAGAUGGUGUCGUUUGAUUAAAAAAGUUAAUGAGCACAGUGAGGCAAACUUCCAUAAAGCUGUAUCAUGUGGUGCUUUGUUUUGGAAUGCUUGCUCGAAUAAUAAUCGAAUUCAACAUCAUAUGAUUAGCAAAAGACAUUCUCAUGCAGCUUGUAUCUAUGAUAAUUCAAUGUAUGUAUUUGGAGGAUGUACGGAUACAUUAACUGCUUUUAAUGAUUUGUGGAGAUUAGAUUUAAGUUCGAAAACUUGGGUCAGACUAGUUACAAUGGGCAACUAUCCUUCCCCAAAGGCGUGCGCUACUAUGUUGUAUUACAAGAAGAAUUUUAUUCUUUUCGGUGGAUGGUCUUAUCCUUCUCGUUAUCCUCCAAAUCAGAAUUGGAAAUUAUUUAACGAGUUGCAUAUAUAUUCUAUAGAAACAAAUAAAUGGAUUGCUAUUAAUACUCUAGAAACACCUCCACCUAUGUCAGCUCAUUCGGCAACUAUUCAUGGAAAUAAUAUGAUUGUAUUUGGUGGUAUUAGUGGAAACUUUCGAUCCAAUUCCGUUUGGUGUUUAAACUUGGACACAUAUGUUUGGCAUCAACAAUACAUAUUGUCUCACCAACCGCCACCAUGUCAUGGUCAAUCACAGAUUCAUUUAGGGGAUCAUCAUUUGCUUGUGCUAGGAGGUUGUACCGGUCCUAAUUCAGCUAUGAAUGAUGUUUGGUUAUUAUCUAUGAUUGGGCCAGUAUGGGGAUGGAGAAAAGUAACAUUAUAUCACAGAGAAUGGGCACCUGCUUGUAUUUGGUGUCAUCAAGCUUGCAAGAUUGGAAAUUAUAUAGUCGUAUUAAGUAACAACAAGCGACGUGCUAAAGUAAAUGACAUGAAUAUACCAAUGCAAAAUGUUGCUUUUCAAAGACCAGUAUGGAGAUUACCUGAAUUAUCACCUUUGCAAGAAAGCAAACAAAGACCCAAAACGGAUGUAGAUACAGAUGAAAAUGUUAAUGGUCGACAUGGAUCUUUCUCAAGAUCAUCCUCGCAAAGUAGAACGACUAAUUCACCAUCAAGAAGAUCAAACUUUUCUAGAAUCGUUCCAUUUUGUUGUGACAGUGCAGUGAGCAUGGCAGCGUUUCGUGACAAAUCAAUUAACACUAAUUUCAAUCUCAAUAGACAGCGGCAAUUGGAAAGUCUUAAAAAAAUGGAAGACAAGAUAAGAAAUAGAAAGUUGCAAACAAAAGUUCCCAAGAGAACGACGGAGACCGCGUUAUCUAUAUUUCUUUUAGAUAUAAGUAAAGUACUUAGUGAUGAAUGUAGCGCCACUUGGACUCCAUUGAAGGCAUUCGAUCAUACGGAACCUGAUGAAAGAAUUUUGUAUUCUCUUGUUAUGGGUAAACGAGAGUUAAUUGUUUUUGGAGGUAUUCGCAAAGAACAUGCUACUUUUCAACCUCAAGGUGAUAUAGAUAAUUUAGAAGUGUAUAAUGAUUUACAUUUUAUACAUCCACGUAAUUACGUUAUAUAAUAUUAUAUAAAUGUAAACGUAUUGUGUUUUUGAGAAUCCUAUGUGUAAUAAUGUAAUUAAAAUUAUCGUCUUUAUUAAUUUAAUAGUAAUAUGCCGACAUAUUAUAUAUAUGUAUGAUAGUAUCAGUGUCACAUUGUAUAUUAUUUUAUCUUGCUGAUAACAACUUAUUAAUAUUCGUUUGUAAAUUAUAAUUUCUAAAUUAAAUAAGUAACGCUACCAAACAGGGCACCGCGCUAAGGGCAUCGAGUUAACGCCAUUGAACGGAGCAGUGAUUCGCAAAAUAUGCAUAUUGUGCGUCGAUAAACAAUUGCUAUUCGGAGUUACAUUUUUCAACGCUACCUUGUCAUUCUUCGAAUCGUACUCUUCUUUAUGUGUUACGUGAUGACAUGUUGGUAGAUCUUGCAAUAAUUACUGUUGAAAUUUAUCUUGAUUACCAAAGUGGAUGCCGUCUAGAUCCGGCUCUCGCAACGAAAGGGUUAAUCAGACAUUUAAUAAUAGUAGAUUUAAAUUUAAAUAGAAAAUAAAUUCUAAUGUUUUUUGUCCUUCUUGUUAAGAUAUGUCAUAAAAAUAUUACUGGAAGUUAUUUGCUUCUAAAAUUAUAGGCAUAAGACGAUGGAAUUGAUGUGAUAUUAAUUUUAAAAUAUAA